AUGGACGUGUAUGUAGAUAGCUUCAAUCUUCAUGAAGGAGGACAGCAUGAUGACUCAGCAUUGCACGGGCCUACUACUGAUUUAGACGUCACGGUUCACGUCGCUGCUGGGAUUUCGUACGAUCGGAAAGGGAUCUUUUUCUUUUACUCCGAUCCCGCGGAACCUGCAGCGAAGGAGGCCUAUAAACCCGCCAAACCACGCAGAUCUAAUGUUCAGACUGAGGAGGAGUAUCAGGCUGUCCUGGGGGCUUGGAAUGAGGCCCCGAAGGGCUCAGAAUUGGACGCUGAUAUAAAGAUCAAUGGGAACUCGAUGACGCAGCGGUUUAUGCCCAAUAUAUCCUGCCACGUCAUAUCGAUCAUAUCAAGGGCCUACAGUCUCAUUUCAAGCGUCAAUUCCACUUCCAGGAGGUGGGAGAUGCGUCCCAUGGAACGUGGUCCCCAAGGAAUCCCCCCGCCGACCUAA